CAAUGAGCUGACACAGAAGAUGUGCAGAGCAGCACGGGCUUUACUGGCAAGCCAGUCAAAGGAAAAUGAGCUGAGGAGAAACUUUGAGGAAAUGAAGAAGGAAAAAAACCACCUGUGCCGCCAGUCUGAUGAAAAAUCAGAAAAAAUCCAUCAGCUGGAAGAAGCACUAAAAAUAACCCAACACCUUCUGAAGGAGACCCAGAAGAAUUCUGAAGAGAUGAAAAAAUUAAGCUUUAGAGUUCAAGAACUGGAACAUCUGCUACAAGAUCAAGAAAAAGAAAAGAAAUUCCAUAUGAACAAACUUCAAGAAAUUCAACUCCAGCUGGAGAAAACAAAAUUGGAAUGCACAGAAAAAAGAUUCUGUUUUGCACAAAAUUAGAGAUGAAUUGAAUAGAAUGACAGCACAACAUGAUCAAGGUACUGCCCAGACUGAAAUGAUGGAGGAAAACAUGAAAAGAUUACUGAAAUGGCAAAGCGAAGUUGAAAUUAAUCGUCGCUCCUUAGAAGAGAAAAGAAAAGAACGGGAAAAGGAAGUAUUACGUCAGCUCCGUGCCUUAGAGACAGUGGCUCAGCAGGCCAAGGAGAUCAUACUGAACCAGGACUUGCAGCAAGCCAAGCAUGAGUACCGUGGUCUACGGGCAGAAUUUGACAACGCAAUAGCCCAGAAACACCAUUUGGAAAACAACUCCAAUGAGCUGACACAGAAGAUGUGCAGAGCAGCACGGGCUUUACUGGCAAGCCAGUCAAAGGAAAAUGAGCUGAGGAGAAACUUUGAGGAAAUGAAGAAGGAAAAAAACCACCUGUGCCGCCAGUCUGAUGAAAAAUCAGAAAAAAUCCAUCAGCUGGAAGAAGCACUAAAAAUAACCCAACACCUUCUGAAGGAGACCCAGAAGAAUUCUGAAGAGAUGAAAAAAUUAAGCUUUAGAGUUCAAGAACUGGAACAUCUGCUACAAGAUCAAGAAAAAGAAAAGAAAUUCCAUAUGAACAAACUUCAAGAAAUUCAACUCCAGCUGGAGAAAACAAAAUUGGAAUGCACAGAAAAAAGAUUCUGUUUUGCACAAAAUUAGAGAUGAAUUGAAUAGAAUGACAGCACAACAUGAUCAAGGUACUGCCCAGACUGAAAUGAUGGAGGAAAACAUGAAAAGAUUACUGAAAUGGCAAAGCGAAGUUGAAAUUAAUCGUCGCUCCUUAGAAGAGAAAAGAAAAGAACGGGAAAAGGAAGUAUUACGUCAGCUCCGUGCCUUAGAGACAGUGGCUCAGCAGGCCAAGGAGAUCAUACUGAA